AUGGCCGAAGAUAACAACAACAUGCAGCCGGACGUCCUCAGCGCCCUGGUUGCCGAGAUACGAAGUCUAAGAGAAGAGAGUUCCCGAAGAAAUACCCAGUUUGAAGAACGUUUUAUUGCCCUGGAACUCCAACAACACCAGCAAGCCCGCUCGUCUGAACCCCUAGAGCCAACGCCAUCUGUCACCCCGGCUGUCCCCAUCGAGGACACCCGUGUGGUCGCCACUCACAAGCCUCACCCAACCAAGCGCCCCAAAUUACGAGACAUACCGAAAUUCGGCGGCGACAAGGCCCAGUGGCGAAGCUGGAAACUAGAAACCGAAGGAAAACUACGAGUCGAUAAAGAAGCCCUUGGAGAUGCAGAGGGCCACUUUAUGUACAUCUUCAUGAGCCUAGAAGGCAAGGCUAAAGACAACGUGACCACAUUUGUGGAGAUGCAAACCGAGAAGAGAACGUUCAAUGUUGCUGAACUACUCAACCGCCUCGAGUUGUUGUACGGGGAGAGGGAUCGCAAGCAGAGAGCUACACGCAAUCUGCAUUCGAUUAAGCAAGGAGAGAAUGAACCAUUCACGUCCUUUUACCCCCGCUUUGAGAGGGAGAUCGCCAAUGCCAACGCCGAGUAUUGGCCAGACGACAGCAAGAUUUCCUACCUCCAGGAGGCACUAAACGAUAAAAUGAAAGCAGCCCUCAUAGGCUCUGACCCCUCUACCAUCAGCAGCUAUUGGAAAGGGCCCCGAGGCAAAACAAAGAGUUCGGACAACUAUGAGAACUACCAGAACCAUGGAGGCCAGGCUUCCCAGAAACAUGAUAAGAACACAUAUGGCCAUCAAUCUAAGCGACCGGAGGACCAAGCGUUGUUAGGAAAGCGUGCCAAGUGGGUCGACCAGGCCGAGAUGGACGCCCGUUACCACGUCAGGGUGAACGGCACAGACUUUGUGCCAUCUCUUGUCGACUAUGGCUGCCUCUGCUACGGCGCGGUUAGCAAGCGCACAUUUCACUCUCUCCAGUUGCCACAUAUACGCGUCCAGCCGCGCAUCUUGGAGAAUGCAGCGGGAGACGGCAAAGAGGUCAAAAUUGACAAGAUCACGUAUGUGUCGAUCGACCUCGAUGGACAUCAGCAGCAUCGUGUUUUCAUGUACGUCAUCAACGAUCUGAACUGGGAUAUGAUCCUGGGUAAACGAUGGAUGGAAGACCAGGAUGUUCACAUCCAUGCGAAGGAAGGAUAUCUCGAGAUCGGGUCCAAUGGAGUCCAAGUACGAGACCGACGACGUCACCAGCCUCCUCAGCUAGACGUCUCUAAUGUCAUGGCCGCAACCUUUUUAGCAGAAGCACGCCGUGACAAACGCAAAGGCGGCAUUGGAGUUCACUCGGUCACGAUGGCGGAUAUUGACAAGGCCCUAAGACCGAAACCGAAGACUGACGUGAUGGAGAAGCUGCCACCACAGUACCACACGUGGUCUCGAGCUUUCUCUCAGCAACUGGCCGACCAGCUGCCCCCCCAUCGGCCAGGUGUGGACCUGAAGAUCGAAGUGCUGAAAGACGAGCAUGGCCGAGAGAAGCCCCUACCCUGGGGACCGCUUUACAGCAUGUCCCGCGAGGAGCUAUUAGUGCUACGGAAGACUCUCACAGAACUACUCGACAAGGGAUUUAUUAGAGUCAGCAGCUCGCCAGCCGCAGCACCAGUCCUUAUGAGGGACCGCUAUCCCUUGCCCUUACUGAGCGAGACCUUGCGAACUAUAGCCAAGGCAAGGUGGUUCACCAAGGUAGAUGUUAUAGCAGCGUUCCAUAAGAUCAGGGUCGCCCCCGGCGACGAAGAAAAGACAGCUUUCAGAACGCGCUAUGGAUCCUUCGAAUGGCUGGUAGUUCCAUUCGGCCUGACAGGCGCACCAGCAGCCUUUCAACGGUAUAUUAACAGCGUGCUCCAGGAUUACCUCGAUGAUUUUGUGUCAGCGUAUAUCGACGAUGUCCUGAUCUUCUCCUCUGGAAGCCUGCAAGACCACCGCGACAAAGUCGGCAAGGUCCUCCAACGACUGAUGGAUGCUGGGCUGCAACUGGACAUCAACAAGAGCGAAUUCGAAGUCAAGGCUGUGAAAUACCUUGGGUUUAUCAUCGAGGCGGAGUGUGGGAUCCGAGUCGACCCGGAGAAGGUUGAGGCUGUGAAGGGAUGGACAACCCCGACGAAUGUUAAAUCCGUGAGGAGUUUUAUCGGAUUCGCGAACUUCUACAGGAUAUUUAUGCCAGACUUCUCGGUGAUAGCGGAGCCGCUAACGCGGCUAACGAAGAAGGACGUGCCAUUCCGUUGGGAUGGACUGUGCGAAGAAGCCUUCGAGAAGCUCAAGGACCUGUUGAUCACGGCCCCGAUCCUUGCGCACUUCCAUCCAGAAAGGGAGACCAUCGUGGAAGCAGACGCUUCAGGAUUCGCGUCGGGAGGCAAACAUUCGGCAGCCGAAGCGAACUACGCUAUCCAUGACAAGGAGCUACUCGCCAUUCUCAGAUGUUUGGAGCAGUGGGAACCGGAGCUACGGGCAGUAGAGCACUUCAAGGUCCUAACGGACCACAAAACCUGA